UUAACCACACAACAGAUCAUUUACAUUAGCGAGCUAGCUAGCUAAAUUGUAUUAAAUUGUCGAAUUAUGCACUUUAGCAGUACUGUCUUGGUCAGUUAAGAUACACUGAAAGCAUAGCAGAGAUGACUUUACCUCAGAGAUGGGUUCAUUGGAAAAUGUGUUCAUUGUUGCACUGAAAUGAAAGUGUCCGAUGAAGCAGCCGUCACAAGACGACGGGAUUGGUACGGGUUAUUGAAUUACUAGCUAGUCUAUGUACCUGUUUUAUAUGGAUUUGUGGGGAAUAUCACAAGUGGAACUUUUGGGAUAUUAAGGUUUCUGUGGCAAUGAAAGAACCCGGAGCAGGCGUUCAGCUACUAACCCCCCCGUGGCCAUGAACUCGGUGUCCCCCAGCGCGGCGCAGUACCUGGGGGGUGGCAUGCAGGACGAGGGGCUGGCCCCCAAUCCCGACCGGAGGCGGCCACCUUCCUGGGAGCCCAAAGGCCACUUUGGUCAUGGCACAGGCCCUGAUGGAAAGAGGGAGGUGGCGGAGGAGCCAGACGAGGUGGAUCGGCUCAAAGCCAAGCUGAGGUCGGCCUGGAACAAUGUCAAAUAUGGCUGGUCAGUCAAAUCCAAAACCAGUUUCAACAAGACCUCCCCUCUCACCCUGCUGGGACACUCUUUUUUGCUCAACCAUGAAGAUGAAGUGGAGCGUUUCCGCCAGGUGUUCGUGUCUCGGCUGUGGCUGACGUACCGGCGCGAGUUCCCCCUGCUGGAGGGUUCCACCUGGACCACGGACUGCGGCUGGGGCUGCAUGCUGCGCAGUGGGCAGAUGCUGCUGGCUCAGGGCCUGCUGGUGCACCUGCUGCCACCAGACUGGACAUGGCCGGACGCCCAUCAGCUCACAGACGUGGAAAUGGAGGUGCUGAAGCCUCGCUCCCCGUCCCGCAGCGGGGGGGUUUCUGUCCCCUCCUUCCUCCCUUCACGGGCCCCGCACUCAGCCCCUAGGGGUCGCAGCACCGCUUCAUCCGGGGGAGAGGGGUCGAGGAGGGUCCAGAGGAGGCGCGCUGAGACCAGCCGGGACAGGCAGGCGGAGGUCACACACCGGCGCCUGGUGUCCUGGUUUGGGGAUCACCCCCAGGCACCCUUUGGGGUGCACCAACUGGUGGAGCUGGGGAAGAGCUCUGGGAAGAAGGCCGGGGACUGGUAUGGCCCCUCCAUCGUUGCACACAUACUUCGAAAGGCAGUGGCCAAAACCUCAGAUGUUCACAACCUGGCAGUGUAUGUUGCUCAGGACUGUACUGUGUACAAAGAGGACGUGGUGCGGCUCUGUGAUCCGUCCCUGUUGGAGGGCUCGUCAGAACCCAGCACAGGAUGGAAGUCUGUCAUCCUGCUGGUCCCAGUCCGGCUGGGUGGGGAUUCGCUUAACCCAGCCUACAUCGACUGUGUCAAGAACAUUCUCAGGUUAGAAUGCUGCAUUGGAAUCAUUGGUGGCAAACCCAAGCACUCGCUGUUCUUCAUUGGAUUCCAGGAUGAGCAGCUGCUGUAUUUGGACCCACACUACUGUCAGUCUGUUGUGGAUGUCACGCAAGACAACUUCCCACUGGAGUCGUUUCACUGUAACUCCCCACGGAAGAUGAACAUCAGCCACAUGGACCCCAGCUGCACCAUCGGCUUCUACGCCAAGAACCAGAAGGACUUUGAGUCUCUUUGCUCUUCUGUCAGUGUGGCCCUCUCAUCGUCCAAGGAGAAGUACCCCAUUUUUACCUUUGUGGAGGGGCAAGGUCAAGACUAUGGGCUAGAGGGCCAGAGUGGGGUGCCCCCUGACCUCCCAGCCCACAUCCUGCCCCGAGGGAAGCUGAACAGGGGCGGCAAGAGGGGCAGCAUGGACGAGUUUGUGUUCUUGUGAGCACCAUCCCCGCCGCCACCGCCAGCCUCCGCCCGUCGAAUACAGGAUGGCCGAAAGGGCCGCCCCCUCCAAAGCGGACUGAACCUUAGAGGAAUGGGUUUGUGUGUUCUGUUGCAGUGCAGCUCAAGCUACGUUCGCCCCUUCACACUUGCAGGUGUUACCCAUCCACCGCUUCAGAGCAGCCGUAGCUGUAACUUGUGUUGCCGCUCGGGCAAAGAUGGAUGGAUAAUUUAAGCCAGGCCUUUCAUCACUUGGCUGGUUAUGAGAUUGUGAAGCUCAUUGAGAUUAGACAUAUCUCCAAACACCUUAUUGGACAUAAAACACUGUUUUUUUGUUUUUAAUAAUAUUAUUUUAGAUGUUAGGUUGCAAGGCCCAGAAAGCUCACAUUUGGUUUGGAAUCGCAAAUCAUGCAGCUGUGUACUUCAGCUCUUUUGGGUUCGUAGUUUUUAAUGACUUCAUUUUAUUAUUUUUAUUAAUUUAUUCAGUUUUCAGAAGCAUCUUUUUUUAUCUGCCUCACAACUUCAGGAUGUUGUACCCAAUAACGGAACUAUGUUUGCCAUUACGCCUUUUUUUUCCCCUUGUCUAUUUUGUAUAUUAUUUCCUCACCAGUGACUCCUAACUGAUAGUCCGAAGCUUGGAUCCUCUGUACAUCUUUGUUACAUUGCUUAGCAUUGUUGUCCUUUUGCAGUGUAACGCAGCUUCCAAAUUGAUACACAUCUUUGCACGCAGCAUUACCCCCUUUUAACACUAAAAUCCUUCCAGUGGUACCCUGUGUACUAGCAUAGUCCGAAUGAUGAAUGAUUGAUGGCCCGUUUCAGGUUCAGAAUAAAACACAGGAUUGCACCUUUUUUUUCCAUAGAGUAUGUCAUCUUACUAAAAU